AUGUCCGCACGUCCAACCGUCGCAAUCGCCGGCGCGACUGGCAACCUGGGCGCCAAAAUCGCCGAGGGCUUCCUCGAGCGGCCAUUUCGCGAUAGGUUCCUUGACGUCAUCGUCCUGGCGCGCGCCCGCUCAGCCAAAGCCGAGGACCUCGUGGCCCACGGCGCGACAUUGCGCGUGUACGCCGAGGAGAACCUGAAGGAGGCGCUGGCUGGCGUCGACGUCCUGAUCAACGCCGUCGGCCCCAGCGGCCACCACUUCAAAGAGGCGCUCCUGCGCAGCAUCCCUGGCUCCUCCGUGAGGCUCUAUUUCCCGUCCGAGUUCGGCGUUGACCACUACGUGCACGACUUCCCGCACGACGAGUGGGACGCCAAGAAGGCGCACUUCCGGCUCGCGAAGCAGCUCAUCCCCGACGUGAGUGUGUGUCGCGUCUACGCGGGCCUGUUCCUCGAGGACUCGAUCGGGCCGUGGUUCGGCUUCGACACCAAGAACGGCAGGUACGUCGCCGUGGGGGACACGGCGCAGCGGACGUCGUACACGAGCAUGCACGACGUCGGCAAGGCGCUCGCCGUGCUGGCAUCGCGACCGGCGGACACGGUGCCGCCGGAGGUGCAUCUCAGCGGCGACAGCAAGUCCAUGGCUGAGAUUGCCGAGAGCAUGGGGGCGAACGGAGCCGGGCAAGUGCAGGUGACGAGCGUGCCGCUGGAGAGCUACAAGGCGGGCGUGCUAGCGAGGCCGUCACCGACGCCGGAGCGGUACCUGCGCUUCCUAAUGGGCGAGGGCAAGAUCGACCAUUCGGCCGAGCGGAUGGGCAAUCAGAAUCACCUGGUGCAGGUGGCCGGGGGCGGGUGGACGUGGAGGUCCAUGGCGCAGCUGGCAAAGGAGACGAAGGGGCGGCCGUGGGCUGACGCCGAGUGGCAGCUGCUCAGCUAA